GCGUCCUGUCCAACAGGAAGAGGAAGUGCCUCAAUGCAAGUGGCAUUGUGGGUCUUGUAGUCCUGCAGUUUGGGCGGUAGUGGAAGCCGGAGUCACGGGGGUCUGGUGUGGACUUGAGGGAAGCAGUGGAGAAAAGCAGUUCAGAGUCGCCGAUAACGUUUGUUCAUAACGGCGGGAUCGUUUGCCAUGAGAGAAGCUGGCUGAGGGAGCCGGGGCCUGGACUACAAUCCCCAGGAGGCUGUGCGCGGCGUAUAGGUCACGUGAACGAGAGCGCGGGCUUUGGAAGACCGAGGUGCGUGAGGCUAUUAGCGGCCGAGCUGAGGAGAUUGUGGGUUUAGGAUUGUUCUGGGCGACGUCCUCGGUCGAUACCCGACGAAGUGCUAGUUGCCGAGGCCUUACACCCCAAACCCCAGCUGCCUCCUCUGUGUUGCCAUGGGAAUUCAAGGCCUGGCCAAACUGAUUGCUGAUGUGGCCCCCGGCGCCAUCCGCGAGAAUGACAUCAAGAGCUACUUUGGCCGCAAGGUGGCCAUCGAUGCCUCCAUGAGCAUUUAUCAGUUCCUGAUUGCUGUUCGCCAGGGUGGUGAUGUGCUGCAGAACGAGGAGGGCGAGACCACCAGCCACCUGAUGGGCAUGUUCUACCGUACCAUCCGCAUGAUGGAGAAUGGCAUCAAGCCUGUGUAUGUCUUUGAUGGCAAGCCACCACAGCUCAAGUCGGGUGAGCUGGCCAAACGCAGUGAGCGACGGGCUGAGGCCGAGAAGCAGCUGCAGCAGGCUGAGGCUACUGGGGCAGAGGAGGAGGUGGAAAAGUACACCAAGCGGCUGGUGAAGGUCACCAAGCAGCACAACGAUGAGUGCAAGCAACUGCUGGGCCUCAUGGGCAUUCCGUACCUUGAUGCACCCAGUGAGGCGGAGGCCAGCUGUGCUGCCCUGGUGAAGGCUGGCAAAGUCUAUGCUGCGGCCACUGAGGACAUGGACUGCCUGACCUUUGGCAGCCCUGUGCUCAUGCGGCACCUGACUGCCAGUGAGGCCAAGAAGCUGCCCAUCCAGGAAUUCCACCUGAGCCGAAUUCUGCAGGAGCUGGGCCUGAAUCAGGAGCAGUUUGUGGAUCUGUGCAUCCUCCUGGGCAGCGACUACUGUGAGAGCAUCCGGGGCAUUGGGCCCAAGCGGGCUGUAGACCUCAUCCAGAAACAUAAGAGCAUCGAGGAGAUUGUGCGGCGGCUUGACCCCAACAAGUACUCUGUGCCAGAAAACUGGCUCCACAAAGAGGCCCAGCAGCUCUUUCUGGAGCCCGAAGUGCUGGACCCAGAGGCUGUGGAGCUGAAGUGGAGUGAGCCAAACGAAGAAGAGCUGGUCAAGUUCAUGUGUGGUGAAAAGCAGUUCUCUGAGGACCGAAUCCGCAAUGGGGUCAGGCGGCUGUGCAAGAGCCGCCAGGGCAGCACCCAGGGCCGCCUGGAUGAUUUCUUCAAGGUGACGGGCUGUCUCUCUUCAGCCAAGCGCAAGGAGCCAGAACCCAAGGGAUCCGCUAAGAAGAAGGCAAAGACUGGGGUAGCAGGGAAGGCAAAGGCUGGGGCAGCAGGGAAGGCAAAGGCUGGGGCAGCAGGGAAGGCAAAGGCUGGGGCAGCAGGGAAGUUCAAAAAGGGGAAAUAAAACACGUAUUUUCCCCCAUUAUACCUCCUUAGCCCGGAAUAUUUGCCUCGUACCCUCAAAAGCUAGAAUUAGAGCAACCUCCGUCAGGGUGCGGAGAAAUUCCAUUGCUUCUCCCCCACUGUCUUUCUCAGCAUUGCUUUCCCAUUGUGAUUCUCAGCAUUGCUUUUCCUUUUUUGACUUGAUCAUGGAGCAGGACGGCCACUGAGGUGCUUUGUUCUUUGUUUGCUCAGGAAAGUAUCUCAGGCUCAAACCACUUCUCGGGCAGUUUAAUGGACAGUGAGUGGAUCCAUUGUUAUAUGAAAGUGAUGAAGGAGCCCUGGUGGCCCAGUGGUUUUUGAGAAAGGAAAGGGAGAUGAAUGGUAGAGACAAAAGACUAGGUGAGUUAUUUCCUUGCUGGCCAACUAGUGCCAGAUGGGAGGUGAUAGUGGAACCAGACUGCUGCUCUCCCUAGUUCAGUGUGGAUCCCACCUGAACAACAGCCAUCAGGAAGACCAAAUCUUCACAAAUGUGAAGAGCUACUGAGAAAUAACAGGCAGAGAGCAGGAGUCCCUGAAGUUGGCAGUAAGGGUUGGCUUAUUGGCUGUGUGUCUGGGGGUGGGCAGAAGCUUGAACCUGCUAUGUAAUUUGAGUCUUUACAGUGGUUGUUCACAGGAAUAAGAGAUGUUAUACUCACGGCCUCUGAGGUGAUCAACCAAGUUGAGACUUUGGGAUAAAAUGCUGGUUUCUACAAUGUUUUUGUUUCAAAGAUAUGAGAGGAAGAAAGUCAAUAAAAUUAUAAAAGUAACUGGAAUGUCAUGUUCUUCGAGAACAUUUGAAAACGCUAGAGAACCCCAGUCUCCAGACAGAAUGUAAUAUUCUGCUUUUUACCCCAAGGUAACUUGCUGGACUUGUACCUUAUUAGCAAUAGGUGGUUUGAGUGGCCACAAGGUGGCACCAUGUCCCAUAGAAUGGCCACAGCAGAUAAUGGUGAUAUCUCAGCCAUUUGAAGGAUGCCUAUUUUAUCUUAAUUUGCUGGGAAGAGUUUUAAUAAAUUGAGUGGAUUUCUAGUUUCCACCUAAUCUGUGUAAGAUAAAGGAACUCAUUUGAAAAAGCCUCACAAUUUUUUUUUUUUAACUCUUUAAUACUUUAGAUGAAGGUUUAUAGGGCAAACUAGUUUCUCAUUAAACAGUUAAUAGUUACAUUGUUUUGUGACACGGUUAACAACCCCACAACAUGUCAGCACUCUCCCCUUUUCGACCUUGGGUUCCCCAUUACCAGCUUUGCUGUCCCUCCUGCGUUCUCAUCCUUGCCCCUGGGUUGGUGUGCCCACUUAAUCUCAUCUUGUUGUAUGGGCCUGUCUAAUCUUUGGCUAAAGGGUGAACUUCAGGAGUGGUUUCAUAACUGAGCUAUCAGGGCAUCUGGGGGCCAUACUCUAGGGGUUUCUCCAGUCUGCCAGACCAGUAAGUCUGGUUGUUUUUGUGUGUUAGAAUUUUGCUCUAGAAUUUUCUCCCUGCCCUCUAUUGUGAUCCCUGUCAGAGCAGUUUGUGGUGGUAGCUGGGCAUCAUCUAAAAGUCUCAAAAUUUAGAUCACGUACUCAAAGUUGUUGUUAGAUGCCUUUGAGUCUGUUCAGUUCCGACUCAUAGUGACUCGUACUACAAAGAACAAGACGCUGCCCAGUUCUGCGCCAUCCUCACAAUUGUUGGUGUGUUUGAACACGUUGUUGCAGCCACUGUGUCAGUCCAUCUUGUUGAGGGUCUUCCACCUUUUUGCUGACCCUCUACCAAGCAUGAUGUCCUCCAGGGACUGGUCCCUACUGAUAACAUGUCUAAAGUGUGUAAGAUGAAGUCUAACCAUCCUUGCUUCUAAGGAGGAUUCUAGCUGUACUUCUUUCAGGACAGAUUUGUUUGUUCUUCUGGCAGUCCAUGGUAUAUUCAGUAUUCUUUGCCAACACCAUAAUUCAGAGGCAUCAAUUCUUCUUUGGUCUUUCUUAUUUAUUGUCCAGUUUUGCAUGCACAUGAAGUGAUUGAAAAUAUUCAUGGCUUGGGUCAGGCACACCUUGGCCCUCAAAGUGACAUCUUUGCUUUUUAACACUUUAAAGAGGUCUUUUGCGCAGAUUUGCCUAAUGCAAUAUGUCAUUCUUGACUGCUGCUUCCAUGGACAUUGUUUGUGGAGCCAAGUAAAGCUAAAUCUUUGACUACUUCAAUCUUUUCUCCGUUUAUCUUGUUGCUUAUUGGUCCAGUUGUGAGGAUUUUUGUUUUACGUUGAGGUGUAAUCCAUAGUAAAGGCUGUAGUCUUUGAUCUUCAUCAGUAAGUGUUUUAAGUCUUCUUCGCUACUCCAUAGCAUCCAAGUAUUUACCAGUUUGGUAAGUUAUGAAGGCUGCCAUUCAGAGUCACUCUCUGGUUCUUUUUAUGACGUCAGAUUCAUGUUGGUGUAUCUUGUAGAGAGAUAAUGUUUUGUACUCAGUUUUUAUAAUCCUGAUGAAGCUUGCAGGGGUGGCUGUCCUAUUUGAGUUUUUCAUUGUUAGCAUUCCUACUAUCACUGCCAUUUGUAGUUAACAAGGACAAUUGUCUGAAAUUUAAGUUGGCAGUGUCUUAACAGGUUUCAAAUCUUUAAAUGUAACAACGCAUUUUUCAAGUACAGCCUUACACAGACUCUCUAGGACGUAAGAGCUCUGGUUGAAGCAGGAGUGGGAUGUAGUCUCUCAGCAGCCACCUCAUAACUAGUAGACUAAAAACUGAUGGUGCAGUUCUACAGUGAAACGUGAGUUCCUGAGAGCAGGCAUCUUGUUCACUGUUGUAUCUCUAGUAGUUGCUGAAUGAAACUGAUUUUCCUAGUUUGAACCAAGCCACAGAACUUACGUUUUCUGAGUAAUUUGAUUCUAGGCUUGCAGUAAUGGUGAUAGGGCCCAGGGUGGUGAGACUUCUUGAAUUAUCUCCUCAGUGCAGCUGCUCUAGUUAAUUAGGGCUAGUACCCUGUGGUAGUGAAAACAUGUAGUGGUUUGUUUUUUGAACUGUUGAAUUGCUUAACUUCGGGCACAUUGCGGGAAAAUCAAUUCUGCCUGUAUUUUUAUUUCACAUGUUCUAAUAUUGAUACGUGAGGAGCUCUGGUGGCGCAGUGGUUAAGUGCUUGGGUUGCUAACUGAAAGGUCAGCGGUUCAAAUCCAUCAGCGGCUCUGCGGGAGAAAGAUUUGACAGUCUGCGCCCAUAAAGAUAAUAGCCUUGGAAACCCUGUGGGGCAGUUAUACCCUGCCCGAUACAGUCACUGAGUCGUAGUCAACUUGACGGCAGUCAGUUUUGUUUUUAAUAUUGACAGCAGGGAACCCUGGUGGUGCAAUGGUUAAGUGCUUGGCUGCUAACAGAAAGGUUGGCUGUUCCAACCCACCCAGUGGCUCGGUGGGAGGAAAAGCUGGUGAUCUGCUUCCAUAGAGAUUACAGCCUAGGGAACCCUAUGGAGUUCUUCUCUGUCACAUGGGGUUGCUGUGCGUGAAAAAUCGAUUCAGCAACACCUAACAAUAAUAUUGACACCUGGGGUCACCGUGAGUUGGAGUGAACUCCAUGGCCACUGGUAAUACUGUUCUCGCUCAGAGAGGAGAGCCAUCCUAGUAGGAUGGAGGGUUAAAAAGGCAUUGCUUUGCCAUCAAACUCUGAAGCAUUUUUCCUGCAAAGAUUGAGACAGAUAGGAUUUAUGGAGACUACUGAGACUAGAAAUGAAUUUAGAAGUACAAAAUGGAAAACUGAAGGAUAAAAGCGUGAGGGAAGUAGGAGGAAAUGGUGCAAUAAAACCUGACAAGUGUGAUCAGGUAGUCUAGCACAUGGACGUACGGGAACAGGAUGUCAUGGGAAGGAGUUGGCUUUGCUUUUUCCUCGCCUGCUCUUGCCUUGGUGUUUUUUGGAGGGCCCUGAUGCUCCUUCCUCAGACCUAGGGGCUUAUACAAGAGGAGGGGGGGUUGUCUUUGCAGUGACUUGUGUUCAGAAAGUAGAGGCGCCAGGGAGUCCUGGGCACGCACGCAUAGAAGGUCCUCAGAGAUUACAAAGGAACAGCCUUCAUUUGGU